CUUAUCUCUCUUUCUAUCGCACUUUUCAAACUUUCUCAAGUCAACCAAGAAUAUGCAAAACUGGGCGUUCUCAAAAUGCUCGGUCUAUUUCAAUUUGUUACUCGAUUAAGCGUUGACGUUGUGCUUAGUAAACUCCGAUCUCGUCCGCAAUCACCUCACCCUCUGAUCCUCCACUGCGCUUCAACAUCCCCAUCAUUCUCGCCCAGAUCCCUUCAUUCACACGUCCCUGCACCCAAUAGCUCGCCUGUUUGCCCUCAUCUCCAUCGCCAUCCGUAUUCCCGAUUCGCGCAGACACCCGCGCCUUACACGUCGUCAACCCGUCGUCCAUCCGUACUCCCAUUGUCGACAAUGGCCGACUUAACCGCGUAUUCCUGAGAACAAAGACGGGCCUCGUGCCUCUGACAUCCAAUUCAUACCAAGGCAGAUG